GCACUCUCUAUUGAAAUUAAUGUUCGUUGUGACCGAGCAGAAACGAUAUCGUUACGUGAGGAAGAGUGAGAGAGAUACACGUCACACGAGUGAGAAAUGACAGUUUAAUUAAUCGUGCCACGACAUAAAGUAGUGCAAAGAGACCAAACAUCACUUUCCACGAUGAUGUAGGACGAUGAGAAUCACCUCACUUUAAUUUCCUCCUUGAUGUGUAUCGAAAUUCCGAAUCUAAGAUCGAUAAGAUUGAUUAUCUAGAAAAUAUGUUGGAUAAUCCUACUGCCAGUCGACGUCCAAAGCAUGAAGCUUCCGCUAAUGGAGCUCAGAAGAAUAUUGACAGAGAGACAUAUGCUUCAGCAAUGGAACAUGGCUCAAGCCAUUUGCACAAUGUUUCCGAUUUGGAUUCGGAUCAUUUAACGCUGUGGCAACAUCCGAUUACGACGUUACAUUAUUUCCUUAGUGAAGUGUUUCUUAGCUUGCUUAAUCUAGCGAGGAAAACAUCGCUGUACAAAGGGACAGUAUGCUUUGUGUUUUCAAUUGUGACACUGUUCCUUCUGUUUGGCAGAAUUUCUGGUCCGCAACAAGAGAUUUUUCAGUUAUUGGAAGGCAAGAUUAUAUGGUGGCUAUAUUGGGUAGGAUUAGGUGUAUUAUCGAGUGUUGGUCUUGGAACAGGUUUGCAUACUUUUGUGUUAUACCUAGGGCCACAUAUAGCGGCUGUUACUAUGGCAGCAUACGAAUGUGGUGCUCUCAACUUUCCCGAACCACCAUAUCCUGACCAAAUAGUCUGCCCAAAGGAGAACGAUCCACUAUGGGCAGUAGGUAUAUUAAACAUUAUGAAAAAGGUGCGCGUGGAGGCCAUGCUUUGGGGAGCUGGUACCGCGCUCGGUGAGUUGCCGCCAUAUUUUAUGGCCAGAGCCGCAAGAAUAAGCGGACAAAACAGCAGGAGCGACAAUUUCGAGCAAGAGGAUCUGAGGGAGCUCGAGGCUCUGGAAGCGUUGGAGAAUGGAGAGAAUGUGCCGUUUCUGACGCGUGUAAAGUUGACCAUGAAGCGAUUCGUCGAGAAGGCUGGUUUCUGGGGCAUAUUGGCUUGCGCAUCGAUUCCAAAUCCACUGUUCGACUUGGCCGGUUUGACAUGUGGACACUAUCUCAUUCCAUUCUGGACAUUUUUUGGUGCUACGCUCAUAGGGAAGGCUGUUAUUAAAAUGCACAUACAACAAUUAGCCGUAAUUAUAGCCUUCAAUGAAGAACUUUUAGAUAAAUUUAUUAGUUUAUUAGCAGUCGUACCAUUCGUUGGUGCUAAAUUCCAAGAACCAUUAAAGAAAUAUUUCAUCGAACAGAAACAAAAGUUGCAUAAUAGAUCAUCCGAUGGGCCAACUACAAUAUCGUGGCUAUUUGACAAAUUUGUCAUGUUGAUGGUUUGUUACUUUUUAGUAACAAUUAUUCAUACACUAGCACGAAACCAUCAUCGUAGACGAACUAAACCAUCUAUCGAUUAAAACUUAAGGGAAAUAGGAUAUAUAAUUGCAUAAAAGUUCCACCGCAACGUAAUAAAACGAUAAUACAACUUGUUUUUAUGGCAAAAACGGAAGAAAAGGAACGAUGAUGAGGCAUAGGAAGAAUGUGUUUCGUGUGAAGAGAAUCUUUAUUUCAAUAAUUUCAAUGUUACAAUGAAAAUAUAUUGUACACGAUAGCGGAACAUUAAGUUUAAUCUCCCUUUUGAGUAUAUUUACGUCAUUUAUUACCCCAUAAACGUUGCAACAGUAUGACGUGAUUGCACGACGUGUGGCGAGUGUGUACAUAUAGUAGAACUGAUAUGGAAAAUAUAAUGUUCCAUACAAAUAUAUAUACAUACAUGUAUAUUCAUACGUUAUGUGUAUGCGCGUAUGUACGUACAUGUGCGUGUAACACACAUGCGUGUACAUAAAUGCAUGAAAGACAGAUGUAAAAUUUUGCAACGCUUUUUACGAUUGGUCAUUACGUAUACAUAUGUCGAUAGUAAGGAAUCGAAUCUAGGUAAUUUUACGAGCGAUGAAAGUAUACUGUAAUCAAUAAAGUAAAUAUGUGGGAGACGCCAAA